GUUCCGGUGGUUCCGGUACCGCUGUACUGUUUUUGUCCCCCGGCUCGGCGCUCGGCGUCCCGCCCCCUGACGGUGUGGCACGUCUUGACGCUUUUCCACGUCGCCGCUCCGUCUCACAGGCGAACUCGCUGCGUAUGUAUGCGUGUCUCCAGCUAGGCCAGAGAGUGAUGGCGGCGCCCGUCCUGAGAGUGUCCACCCCUCGGUGGGAGAGAAUAGCCCGGCUCCUCGUCUGCCUGCUGGGCAUACUGCUGUCUUUAUAUGCCUUUCACGUCGAGAGGGAAAAGGCUCGGGAUCCGAGUUACAAGGCUAUGUGCGACGUCAGCAGCUCCAUCAGCUGCUCGAAAGUGUUCAGCUCAAGGUGGGGUCGAGGAUUUGGACUCUUGGGCUCAAUCUUUGGAAACGACAGCGCACUGAACCAACCCAACAGUGUCUACGGGAUCGUGUUUUAUGCCUUUCAGCUUCUACUAGGAAUGACUGUGAGUGCAAUGGCCGCCCUUAUUCUCAUGACGACAUCCAUCUUGUCGGUGGUGGGUUCGCUCUACCUGGGCUACAUCCUCUACUUUGUCCUAAAGGACUUCUGCAUCAUCUGCAUCACCACAUAUGCGCUGAACUUCAUUCUCUUUAUUCUCAACUACAAGCGACUGGUUUACUUGAAUGAGGCCUGGAAGCAGCAGCUUCAGGCCAAGCAGGACUAAAGCUGUCGAGAAACGGCAAGAAAAAUACAACAAACAAACAAACGACAACAACAACAACAACAACAAAAAAAGAAAAAGAAAUGUGACCUCUGAACUUUUGACUUGCCACCAGGAGACCUUGCUUCCAAACAAUGUUUAUUCUGCUGUGUGUUCAAAAAAAAUGAAGAAAUUUAACUUAAAUGUUGGGCCUGACAUCUCAAUGUUGCAAACACGGAAGGAUUUGUAAGUGACAGAUGAUUUUUUUUUUUUCCUUUUAAUUUCUUUUUUUUCUUACUUGUUUAACAUUGUACUCACUUAAAGGAAGGGGCUGGCUAUAUGCGCGUGGGGGAAACACUUCAACCUGAGCAAGCAGAAGCAGAACGCCACAAUACAGAACGACGGAGGACAGUUCUCUUUUGAACAAAAACGGAUCGCAGCGUGGAAGAGAAACGGGACAUUUUAAAAAAAUAAAGAGGGGGGGUUUACUUGAAAUGGUUAGAAAGGUCCUAAUACUGCACAGCAGAUCUGCACUAAAAGUUCGGGGCCGAAUAACGGUUUCCAAAAAUAUAGAAAACACUCAUUAGGUCAUCGUGCAGGUACGGUUCUUUGUCAAGGCGGUUAGGGCGGGCGGGCAGGAUGAUUAACAUUUAUACAAGAUAGGGUUUUUUUUUUUCCAUGUUUACACUUUGUAGUAUGUUACUUUUUUUUUUUUUUUUUUGAAGAGGACCACUAAGAAUAAAACACAGGACAAUGUGAGAUAUUGUGUGUAGAUCAGUCAGAUUGUUUGUUUUGCAAUUCUGUAAAUAGCUGCUGAGCAAUAUUCCAGGCUAGAUUGUGAUUUUAGUGUUGACACAAACCUUUAAGGAGAAAACAACAAUUAAAAAAACAAAAAAAAAACACACCAAAAAAACCUUUAAAAAAAACACAAAAAAAACAGGAGAGAUGAUCAAGGUCACAGUUUUUAGGUGGAGGAAGUCUGAAGAUGUUGCUUGGGGUGGGGCAUCUUCCGUCCUGUAAAAUCCUGGUCAGGCAUGCAGUUCAGAGUCGUGUGGAUUUCUUUGUUGUAAGUGGUUAUUGUUUCACCCGAAAAGCCACCAACACAAGUCUUUUAAAACAGAGCUAUCGCUUCUUUUGACCAAGUUUGCGUAAAAAGGCACCCUCACUUUUUUUUUUUUUUUCUUGGUUUGUUUAUUCUGUGAAGAGCAUUCCUGACCACCACUCAAGUGGGAUCCAUAAAGACUUAUGUGCCUAAAGGAGUGUUAAGGUGAAUUACCUUUCUUUCUUUUUCUUUUUAAAAAAAAUGUUUUUGGGUGUGGGGUGGAGGAGGCGGAUGGGCAGGGGGGUAAAUGUCAUGUUAACACCAGUUUUGCUCGUUGUUUUAUUGUCACAGGUCCAAGGCUUUAUUUUUAUGAUCACAGUUUUGUAAAUUAAAGAUACCAGUGAAGUGUUUCUCCCUCCCUAAUAAGAGUCUCAUGAGGUAGCAAAAGGCUGCUACACUGUGAUCGUCUGCUCAAGGGGUAAGAGUGGCCCGGUGACAGAAGCAUCUCUUCUCUUUGCUGUUUUCAUUUGCAUUAAUUGCUCAUCUGGCUUUUUUUUUGUUUUGUUUGUUUGGUUUUGUUCACUGUCCAGCCUGUAUAAAUUUGAUGUCAAUUGAACGGUAACAGUGAUCUUGCCAAGCUGAGUUACGGUUCAUUUGCAGGAUGUGAACAAAACUUGGAGGGAUGUGACGCUUUGUUGGACAAGGUGUACGAUUCUGUAAGAAAACAAAACAGUAUGUUAAGCCAUAUGUGGAAGAUUGUGGGAGAUUUAUCCAGGAUGCUGAUGGUUUGCAAACACUGAAGCUUCUCAUUAAAUGGUCGAUCUAACAUAGUUCAUACAGAGACAGAUCACAGCAUGGGGCGGGGGGUGAAGCAGCCACUGCUCGCAGCUUGGCUUUGCCAGAAACCCACAGUAUUGUCAGCUCAGAUCAGCGACUGAGUCUGACCGUUUGUCUCUUUUUCCAUCCAGAACCCACCGAUUUUAAAGCAUCCUAAUGUCAGAUGCAUGGUACACUAUCUCCUGGCUUUAAGCAUAUGUUGGCCGUCGGACAAUCUUGCACACACACUGUCGAAGAUGUAGUAGUAAUAACUGUAAUAAUGUGAGUCAUCUGUGGUGUUUAAACCAGCUUGUUAAUAGUUUCCAUCACUGCUAGUUUCCAUGCCCCCGUCACAGUUACUACAGUCCUCCAUGGCGUUUUUUUUUUUUUUGGUUUUCUUUUUAUAUGUGGGGUGACGAUGGCAGUAAGGUGCUUCCUGUGGUAACAUGAAGUCAUCGGCUAUGUAUGAAAACGGAAAUUAUGUUUUUUUUUUUUUGUUUGUUUGUUUUUCAGGAAGUUGUUUGUUCAUGCAUGUUGUAACAUUUACUACUUAUCAUAUUUAGGCUGUGUUACAUCGCUGUUACACAUUUUCCAAAGCAUACCAAAGUGUGUUAUAUUUUAAAAUAGUUCUUCCUUCACUGUGAGAAUAAUAUACACUGUUAACUAUGUCAAUAUUUGUCCUUUCAAGUAUCAUGUGAUGCAGCCUGCUUGUCAAAUCUAGACUUGAGUUACCUACCUUAAGAGUAAUCCACAGAGUCAGCACUACACUUCUGAAACAUCUAUUCAAAGUCAUGAAGUAAAACUAGAGAUUUGCUCUACCUUCUGGCGCCUACAUUGUCCAUAAUGCAACUCUACCGCUGACAGUUCGGUCUGAGAUUCUGGCUUGUUAUGCGAGUAGCAGCUAAUGUAGCUGGCCUUAUGCAGAGACGAGGAGCGUGCCAUAGAGGAACUUUGUAGUCUUUAGCCCCAACUGAAGCACUUCACACAACUCCAUCUGGAGACACAAAAAGCUUUACGAAAGUUUUGUUUAGUAGAACGCCCCAAAACCUGUGAAAUCUAAAAUCUGUUUCCUUUUUUUUAAAGCAAAUUUCAAAGACGGAAGCUCAUGUAAACACGACGGUUUGCUUUGGAAAAUGGUUGGCAGUUCUAUUACUUCAACAUGAUUGGUAGUAAACAUGCGUGCAGCAGUUUUGAUGAUUUUAAAUGUUGCGGCAUCUCUUAGCGAGUCAUCGAGAUCUUCCCUAUACAGUAUUGCCUUGUCGAGCUUAGAUCAGGUUUCUUAUUCAUUUCACAACAACACUGUUCAUGUCCUUUUUCUGGGAAUGCCUGUGCACUCACAUGUAAGACAAGUCUCCUAUGGAUUCACUUGGACAGGUCAAAUUUUGUUAUUUUAAUUUAGUGAAGUCUGGCAUAACUUGCUAGUUUUUUUGGGGUCCCACGUAGAUCAACUACAGAACUGACAAGUGCACAUGUAGGUAGCCCAUUAUUCUGUUCAUGAUUCCAGUCAUAUGCAAGCCUGUUACACUAGCACUGUGUGCAGUUACUUUAAAAGAAAGAAAAAUGGGUAAAGGAAUUUGGAUGUUGAGUCAGAAAGUCUUUGGCUCACCAUGUCGCGUGAUGAUUUAAAAAAACAACAAAAAAACAAAAAAGGUCAAAUUGAUCGAUUACUGCAUUCUCAUUAAUAUUCAUUUAGGCCCUGAGGUAUAACUGCCAUGUUAGUUGCAUCACAAAUGCCAACAAAAGUGCCUUCUGUUUGAUCACUAGGCCUUGAGCCAAAGACGAGCAACAGUAAUAGCCUUGUAAAACGAAGAAUGGUAACUGUAACAGGCACUUCUGCUUGCCUUUCCUUAAGAUGUAAUCUGAUAAAUUGGUAAUUCCCAAAGAUUUGAUAUGGUGUAUCGGUGCAAAGAUCCACACUCAGAAAUUGCCAGACAAAAUGCCCUGUCAAACUAUCGGUCACUCCUUUUCUUUUCCUUCCUGAACUCCACUAUAUUAUUACCUUUAUUUUGUCUAGUUAGGACGUUUGUUAGCGAAGAAUACACUCUGUUUAAACUACAUGAUUGUAAUGUUCUUUUUCAUCAUUAAUUGUGCCCUUUAGCUGUAUAGACUGUUAACAUUCUGGGUUAUUUUAGUUAAAAAAAAAAAAAGUUGAGGGGUUGGAGGGCUAGGAAUCCAUGUGUCAGCAUAAAAAUGUUUAUUACAUUUCUUUGUGGAGGAAAACUUACUGGGUUUGCUUCUGUAUUGCCAAAUAUGUUUUAAAAUGCUGUAUUUUCUUACAUGGAAAAGUGUUACAUGAAUGGUAGGAGGGUGCAAAAAAAAUAAUCGGUUUAAAAUCCAGCUUACUUUAAGGGAAAACUGUGGAAAAAGGUUGACAUGAGAACAUUUUUAAUUGUGUCAUUGUCAUGUGGAAAUGAUCUACCAUUAAAACAUUCCCUCUGAAA